AUGCUGCGGCUGCCGAUACUACUGCUACAGCUCAUUUUUCUCGCUGCAUCGGCGAACUUGGACCUCCUCGGGGCUGCGGCGCUCACGACCGUGCUGGACCAGCGAGGAUUCCCGUUGCUCCAGGCGCCGGGAGCAGAGGACCACAGAUUUCCCAGGAGCGAAGACACACAGACUUGCGGCCGAGGGAGCGAUGGUGGACUGCAACGGGUCAACUUAGUCCAUAUUGGCACGUUCGUUGUGCAACACGCAUCAACUGUUGUCAAGCCAUCAUCUUCUUCUAGGAGGUGGGGUGAGUCUGAAACGAGCCAUCUGCCCGACUAUGUACUAGAAUUACUCGCUGGACGUGAGGUUGGGACCCGGCCUGGAAGCGGCGAGAAAAAAAACGGUACCGACGGAGGGUCGGCGGCUACCUCGCCUGGAGCGGUGGAGCCCUUGAUUUUGCUGAACGGGCACGUCUGCACCGUUCUCUCACUAGGGAAGCCAAGCGUUGGCGGUUUCGGAAGCGAAGGAGCCGACUUCCUGUUGCAAGAGCCGUACGCCUGGGAGUCUGACGAGGAAGCGGAAGGCUUCGUUUUGCCGCCGUGGAUGUGGGACGCCGUUGGUGGUGAAAUGGGUGGAGGAAAUUUGCUGAUGACACAGGCGCCUAUCGCCAACGUCACCGGGGGUUCGUCAUGUUGGCCUCCGCACCGGAAAGGCAACUUCUCCGACCCCAUCGCAAGCGUCGACGAAUACCGCGUCGACAAGGACAGCAGUCACGUCGGGCGAGAUGGAUGUUUCGAGCCUUUCCUGCAGCUCGCGUCCUGGGGGCGAGGGCGUUUCAAUCCCCUCGCCCAGUUCACGCCCCGGGAGAUUCUGCUCGGAGGUGUCGGCGGGGGCGAAAGACGAAGCGUACCACCAGAAGCCCCGCUGGGCACCCGGCCAGAGGGAAAGAACACCACAAGCGACAAGGUCAUGCAUGCCAUCCGCACAAGAGAGGGGGGCCUGGAGAUAGUCCCCGCCGGCGACCUCCACCUGCAGUCGGGGGUCGCCCGACCCGGCGGAGAGGUGUUGGGCGGAGACGUGCACGUAGCGGCGAGAGGCGAGCAAGGCUUGAUACGUCUUCGCUCCGGGUCGCUAGAGUGGUCACCAGCCUCACCGUCGCUGCCAGAGUGUCCUUCUUCUGACUGCCACCCCCGAGGCGCUGUAGCGUCGCUCAGGGUCGACGACGGCACCCUGGAGGCUACUGGGUUCUCGGAAGCGGUACGGCUAAGCUCGGCCAGAUCUUUCGAAGUAGCGAUCGCGGCUACCGGCGAGGAGCAGAAGGACGGAGGGAAAAACGAUGGUAUCGGGCACGAGCAGGGGCGCGGGGUGGGCGAGGGACCGCAUCAACACGGGUAUUCAUCGGGAACGGGUUUAGAGACGAAGGCGGCGCUGCUGAAAGGGGACGCUGGCUCGUUGAACACGAGCGCUGGGGUGGUGAACGUCGAGGCUACCGACACCCUGCUGGCAGCCGGAAGGAACGGAGUGAGAGUUACGUCGUCCGCCGGGGAUGUCCGUGUCGACGCCAACGGCCCCGACGGAUCAGUCGUCGUCCGGGGUGGUGGCGCUAUUGUCGGCGUGGCCCCGACAGUUUCCUUCACAGCAGAAACAGCAGCAGCAGAAGCGGCAGCCGGGGGCGAAGAAGCGAAGGAAGAAGAGGACAGCGAACGCGCUUCGGGAGGGGGAUACCUCAACCUAUCGGUCGAAGCAGCUACGAUCGGAGGCCCGCAGGGCGGAGAGGGCGGAGGCGCAUUGCUCGAGGCUGAUGACGAGGUGCGGCUACGAGCCAGCAACUCGUCUCUUCUCCGCGUUUCAGCCGCCGAGGUCUCUGUGCACACCCCUGCCAUCUUCCUCCGCUCUUCUUCGCCACUCACGGCGGCUGCCGCGGGGGUGGGGGGAGCGGCGGCCUCCAGCAAUGGCGAUGGACGUGGCCCCGGCCCCCCCCAACAGCCGCCGCAAACGACCGGCCGCCAAGACCCCGGCGCCCGCGGACCCGGCCCGACGGCAGCGGCGGAGCUGAGCCUGGACGACAGCGGGGGUGUCGCGGUGACCGCGUCGGGGUCCAUCGGAAUGGAAACCCCCGGGGCGUUCGUCCAGCUGUCCGGUCGCCGUAGCGGCGGAGACGGUCUGGCGGCGGGUGGCCGCGACGACGGGGAGGGUCUUGGUCGUGGUGGGUUGCUCGUCGCCGAAGCCGGAGACGUGCGGAUAAGAGCGUCGGCCGGAGUGUCCGUCGUUGCCGCUGACGGAGCUGAGGCGCGGGCUUGGGCAGAAGAGGGGGCGAGCAACGGUACAGCCGCCGCCGGCGGUCGUCUCGAGGUGUUCCCGGAAGGAGUCUCUGCGGCGGGAACGUCGACGAGCCUUGACUCGUCGGAACGCGUCACGCUGCGAGUCGGCGGCUCAGCCAAGCGUCGCACUGCGGUCAGCCCCGAAAGCGAUGGGGGGGUGCAGUCGGCGGCGGAAGGAGAGGAGGUGGAAUCGUCAGCGAUUGUCGAGUUGGGCGAUUGGGGGGUUCGGGUUCUCGCGGGUGCGUCGGCAGCGUCAUCGGACGACAAUAACAAGAGCAACAGCAACGGCAGUAGCAACAGCAGCAGCACGAUCCUCCUUAAUGCGGGAUCCCGGUUGGUCUUCGUGGCUCCUCAACUGGCAAUCUCGCACGUGGGAGGCGGAGGCGCCGGCGCGGGCGAAGAGGGGUCAGCAAGGAGACACGGGGCGGCGGGCUCUGGUACAAUAAUCGAAGAUCCUUUCAGCAAUGCCGGCGGCGGCGGCGGCGGGCUGUGGUCGGACGGGUUGGCCCUGACGGGAAGGGCAGACGAAAGGGUGCUGCUGCAAGCCGGUUUAGGGUCUACGUCGGAGAGCAGCUCCAAAAAAGGCGCCCAAGACCGUGCCGGUAGUCACAUCUCCGUCGAAGAGAGCUGGAUACACCUUUGUGCCGGAGGGGGUGGAGAUAGUUCCCUGCCGGCACUAUCCUCGUCCCGAAUGGCAUCGGCAACGGCAGCAUCAACGGCGGCGGAGACUGUCGCUCGAGGAGGAGGCGGGAGUGGGUGUACCGGCGGCCUCGGUGGCGGGGAAGGUCCGUCUCGAAAAGGGCUGAUGGUGGAGGCGAUUGGAGAGGCCAACAUAUCGUCCACAGAGGACCUGCGCCUUCGAGCGGAGGGAAGAAUCCAGAUCUCGUCCCCGAAUGACACCUCCUUGUACUCGCCGCGCGGUAUCCUUCUCUCGGGCUCAUCCCCCCGCAACGGCGACGGCGGCGACGGCGGCGGCGGCGGCACUGGAACCCCUUCAGCUGACCACAAGGAGAGCCCAUCGCUUGACGGGGCGGGACUCGGAGGGAAGGGGCACAAUGGUCUAGGACUUGGGCAGGAGGAGGGGGGGCACGUACUCCUCGCGCCCGGGGCAGGGAGCGGGGUGGGGAUCGGCCGUGGUUUUUCGUCGCGACACUUGGCGAGCGCUGCAGCAGUCACCAGCGGCAGCGCAGGGCUCCCCCGCUCGAUGCUCUCGUUGCUGUGGAGUCCUCGGGCGGGGGCGCAGGCGUGUCUGUGCUUUCACCUCGAGGAAGGAAGCCGGUCGGCGGUGCGGUUCGGGUGCGAGGGGCUGCCCUACAGCGGGGGCCUGGAGGUUCGGCACCAUCUGGAGGGACCCGGGGGCGAUACGCUCGUGCUUGAGCUUGCCUCAAGUCCCGGCCGCGUCGUCGGCGACGCCCGUGGCAGGUGGGGCGUCGGUGCGGUGCCCGAUGCGGACGCCACGGGCGCGCCGACACAGCUCUCGGCCGCGCUGCACGUGUUCGCCGCCGUUCCGCUGCCGACAGUGGCUGCGUCGUCGGGACUAGGGGGCGGCGAGCCGACCAAGCCGCCGGUGGCCUCUGUCUUGGUGGAGUCGCCCGCAGGCUCUGCGGGAGUGAUGCAGAUGCUCAGCGUCGGCGGUAGUAGUAGUAGGCCGUCGGUGCCCGAGCUGUCUCCGGCCCCGGACAACACGAUAGUCCUCAGUUCGAGACAGUCAGGAGAGGCCCAAGAGGGAAGCACGCACAACCAUUGGGUGGUGUCUCAGCUGGCUGCCGGGCGAGACAAGAAGGCAGGGUCAGCGUCCCGACCUCAGUGGGCGGACCCCCAGGCGGACCACUCCUCGUGGGCGGGAGGCAUGACCCUGACUCACGUCGUUGCAGAUGGAGGUCCCUCAGGCUGGCGGCCCGCACUCGGAACGGCACAGCAGUCAUCGUCUUCCUCGUCUCCCCCAGCGGCUGGAGCAGGAGCUCCGGGAGGAGAUCACGGCGGAGUGGCGGCGAGGCCGGCGGUUGCCUUUAGCGUGAACGGGCGGGCGGGCUUCGGGGCCUGCUCGACGGGAGCUAGGGUGACCGUCGGUGGCGCCCUGAUGGCCGAGCAGGUGCUCGUGUUGUCAGACGAGGGCAUGGUCAGAGACGUCGAGAGCCUCGGGGCCCAGGGCAACAGUCAAGCAAUGGAGGCCGUUCGAGGGGUGGACGUGGUGACCUUCGGCUGGACGAACGAAGCCUCGUUGUCUUACGGCCUCGACCUAGAGGUUCGGCAGCUGGGGAUUAUUGCCCAGCAGGCGGAACGGGAGAAGAGAUCGUCAUCAUUGGCCUGGAGGGACGUAGCCACCGGGAGGAAGGCCGUGUCACAUUCACGGCUUCUCGCCACUCUUGUAGCCGCGUUUCAGCACCUUGACGCCUCGAUCCAAGCAAAUGGGACUAUUCGAGACGCUCGCCUUCAGGAGCUCGAAAGAGCGUCGGCCUCCGCACAAGAGAGCUCUGGGCAAGUCUCCGACCGCUUGGAAGCGGUGGAAGCGAUGGCGACAAGGGGGCUUGAUUCAUUGCUGGAGUGGCGCCGGGACAGGAGUUUGCGGGAGAAACAGCUGUUAGAAGACAUCGUUGAGAUGAAGGACCGCCUCGCCGCACAGGAAGAGCAAACGAAGGCGCUUCAAGAAGACCACGACAGCCGGACAAAUUCUCAGGAUGAGCAGAUUCGGGCCCUCAGCCUUCGUAUUGGGACGGUCCACGCUUCGCAGUCAUCAAAGUGCGAUUCGUCGCUCCUGGCCGAGCUCGAAGCACUUCGAAAAACUCAAGUGGUACUCGAGGACCGCAUCACCGGACUUGCUCAGCGCGUGCAUCAGGAUCCAGCCCUCAACGAAGAGGCCAUGUUCCUGGAAGAAGUGAGGAGACUGGAGGAUAUACUGUUGACCGAGCUUCAAGGAGGUCGGAUACCGCAAACGACUCGUCCUACCAGUGGAGAUGCAUUGCCUUCGGAUGACAUCCAUCCGGCGAGUGGGUCUUCGGCGAGAACAAUAGGCGACCUCGAGGCUCAAAGUUAUCUCGAGAACCACAAGGAUAGUGUACGACUGGGAGCGAUGGCAGCCGUCCUGCGACAUCGUGAGCACCUCAUGGCCUUGAGGCAGAUGGACAAGCUGAGAAGCUGA